CCGAUUAUACUCCAAGCAUGCAGUACGACUCGACGCUGGGUGCUGCUUUGAUCGGAGGGUUUGUUGCGGCUAUGUCCUACGGGAUCAUGAGCCUGCAAACGUACAACUUUUUUCAACAAUAUGGCCAAGGAGCGACGGUGCUAAAGCAUAUAAUUCGCACCUUGUGGGCCAUGCACACUCUACACUUUGCCUUUGUCGCACAGGGGGUCUACACCGUCCUGGUCACCGACUUUAGCAACAUCGCCGCAAUAACCACUAGCCCAUGGAGCAUAGGAGCAGCUUCAUUCGUAAAUGCGAUUAUGACAAUGACAGUCCAUUGCUCGUACUGUCACCGCGUCUGGAAGUUGAGCAACAAUAGCCGCUUCCCAAUAAUUCCACUGGUGUGUAUGGCUAUCGCGACGUUUGCGUUCUCGUUAUCGUCAGAUAUUAAGCUGCUUAUUCUACCCUCCUUUUCCUCGUACAAAUCAACUGAGUGGCUGCUUUUUGCCGCACUCGUAUGCGGGUGCUCUACAGACCUCUGCAUCGCACUGUGGCUGUGCUGGUGGCUUCUACGCCAGCGCAAAGGGCUGAGCGGCCAAACUCACUCGAUGGUGAACACCAUCAUCGUCUAUACUGUUGCUACAGGUCUUAUCACAAGCGUCGUCGCGCUUGCGGAGCUAAUCACGGGCGCGGCCUUGCCUGAUACCUACAUUUUUAUUGGCAUUGACUUCUUCCGUGGUGGAAUAUACACAAAUUCGUGGAUGGCAUCGCUAAAUGCUCGCGACCGCUUCCGCAGAGAUAUACGGCCGCAAGCAACAGUCAUCACCAGCGUGCACUUUGCCAAUGAUACGACGACCAUGAGUAGCGCCAGUGCUCCUACAGAGUCCCAGGAACGUGCACCGCCCGGCAUAGUCAUAGAGAAAAUCGAGGUAUAGGAGAGUACAUGAUGCUUUUAUACGCCAACUCUCUUAGCUGAAUAUUUCGGCUAUAGAGUGGCGGUACACGUUAAAUGUCGAGCAGUUCCCAGCAUCAUACGAUACAUAUGUUUUCG